AACGCUGUGAUACUGCAAACUACAUGCCUUGUACAUUCCCGUAUAAAUAACUAGUCAUGUGGCCUCGAUUACAAACAGUUAUCCAAACCGUACGGAAUCGUGUAAUUCAUUUACGGCCACUUCAAUUUCGAAAUUUAAAAUUUACACAGGUUCUGAAUUCAUGCAGUCAACAUGUGAAUAAUUUAACCGGAUAUUCUAAAAUUGAGCAGCUAAAAGUUGCAAUAACAACACAUGAAAGAUUACUUAAAGACAAACGGAGUCUUGCAUUGCAGGCCCGAAAGGCCUAUUUGGAUGCUGUUCAAAAACGGUCGAAUAGCCAACGAGAGGUAAAUGAACUGUUACAAAGGCAAAGCUCUUGGAGUCCGACAGAUUUAGAGAGGUUUACGGCUUUAUACCGAAAUGACCAUUCUAAUAAGACAUUGGAAUCCGAUUCACAGAAAAAAAUGGAGCAAGCAGAAGAGCAAGUAGACGAGGCACAAGACUCACUUGUUCAAGCAAUUCUGACGCGUUAUCAUGAAGAACAAGUCUGGAGUGAUAAAAUUCGAAGAGCAAGUACAUGGGGAACUUGGGGUCUCAUGGGCAUUAACUUAAUUUUGUUUGUCGUUGUACAAUUAAUUUUAGAGCCAAAAAAACGGAGACGUUGGCUACAUCAAGCGAUGGUAUACAUUGAUAAAGAAAACAAAAGUCAAUAUGAAACGCAGUCUCUACAAAUGAAAAAGCUGGAAAGCAUGAUGAAUACAACUCAGCAUUCGGCUCCUGAUUCAACAGUGAAAACCUUGCCUCAUAUUGACGAGCCCUCCGAGAAGAAAAAUAAAGACGUUAGUGUUUCGUCUUACAACACAUUUACGGAGUUUGUUGGCGAAUGUCCCCGCAUAUCAUUCACUUCUUGGUCAACUUUUUUGAAUACCAUUCAUCAAGUUUUUAACUAUAUAUUUUCUCCAGAUCCGCUGGUAUUUAGUCAAAAACAGUUCAGUACAUACACUGCAGAAUGUGCACUUUUAGGAAGUGCUUUAACCAGUUUGCUGUUUUUGUUACUUCAGAAUAAGUCUUCUUAAUCUUUCCCUAUCAUUUUGGUAAAGUUAUAGAAUAAUGAAACGUAUAAAGCUAAAUCGAUUCAAUUACAUUCUUCACUGAGACGAGAAUUUGCGGAUUUUAGAACUUUUUUUUAUAAUUGUCUAUAAUAUCCUAUUGCUAGGAAAUGCAAAGCGGGGUAGAAGGGCGCAAUUGGUAUAACAUUUUGUUAGAGCUGCGA